AUGUCGCGGGGAGGAGGUGGUGGCAGAGGAGGUCGUGGUGGAAGAAGAGGCGGCGGACCCCAAUUACCCUGGGAAAACGAAGAAUUCGACGCCCGACCUUCCGAACUCUUUCCCGCAUACGACCCCCCCACGGCGAAACCCCUCACCCCAACCGAACGCCGCACCGUCGAAUCCUUCCUCCUCCUCCGCCGCCAACUCCACGACGGACCGCUCUACACCUCCCGCAAACUCCCCGGCCCCACCUCCGUCUCCCCCUCCUCGGCCUCCUACCGCGGCAAGCGCUCCGCCGCCUCCUCCACCACCUACGACCCGAUCCGCUCCUCCCGCGCCGUGGCAGACCCGUUCACCGCCGUGCCGACCUACUCCCAGCGCUUCGCCCGCGCCGAGCGCACCCUCCCGGACUUCUCCUCGCGGCCCUACUGCCCGGAGUUCGUGCCGGACGAGCUGCACGCCACCUUCGAGGGGCGGGAUGCCGAAAGGGGCGUCAUCUCGGCCGCGGCCUUUCGGGGAAGGAAAACGAAGAAGCGGUUGCAGCUGUCGCGUAUCACGGCUUUGCCGACCGCCGAGGACGUUUUCGGGGUGAGUUCUUCGGGGGCGGACGCCGACGGUCGUGGCUUGUGGGAGGAUGAGGACGAGGCGGCGGCGGCGGCGGUAGGCGGGGAUCCUACUGUGAGGACAAAGAUGACGCUGGAGGCGUUGCAGAGGUUGGAGGAGGAACCUGCUGCGGGUGAAGGGGAAGAGGUGGAGGAGGAGGAGGAGAAUGCGGCGGAGGAGGACCAGGAUUUGGAGUAUGAUGAUGAGGAUGCGGGUGAUUAUGACGCCGAGAACUACUUUGAUGGUGGUGAUGACUAUGACGACGAUGUGGGGGAUGACGAUCAGGGCGAUGCAUUCUGA